UCUAAAUUAAGGAAUAGAAAAUGAUUUAUAAAAAGAAAAAAAUAAAUAAAAAGGAAAGAGAGAAAUAACUUUAAGAUCUAACAACCAAACACAAACGCAAACACAAAACACAAACAAAAAAAUUCUCUCUCUGUUUGCAAUCAAUCAGAUUCAUAUCUUUCUACUACUGUGAACUUGGAAGACAUACACAAAGUAUGGCUCUGGAAGUGGUAGGUGGAGCUUUCCUGUCUGCUUCCCUUCAGCUGCUGUUUGAUAGGAUGGCUUCAAAGCAGGUGGUUGACUUCGUCCGUGAAAAGAAUGUGGAUGAUGAGCUGCUGAACAAGUUGAAGAUCAAGUUAUCGUCUAUUAAUAAAGUGUUGGAUGAUGCUGAGAAGAAGCAACUCGCUGAUCCUGCUGUGAGGAAAUGGCUGAAUGAGCUCAAACACACGGUCUACAAUACAGAGGACUUGGUGUAUGAGAUCCACACUGAAGCUUUACGAUGCGAGAUCGAAGGAGAAUUCUGUUUGAGAUUGGAUGAUAAUGACUCAAAAGUUGUUUCAAGUAAUGCUCGCCAUUUAUCAUGUAUGGGAUAUGGCCGUAGCAUCAAGAAUUUAGAGGCUCCUUUUGAAAAUAAGUUAUGGCGCACUUUGCUACGAAAUGGAUUAGAGUCAUCAGAUUUUGAACCGAUGCAAACAAUGCAAUGCCUAAGAGUGCUUCGUUGCAUUCCAAUCUCGCCGUUGCCCGAUUCUAUUGGAAAUUUAAAGCUUCUAAGGUAUUUGGAUUUAAGUUGGAGUAGAAUUGAAGCAAUACCGGAUACAGUUUGUACUUUGUACAACUUGCAGACCUUAAAAUUGACAUCUUGUCACAAUUUUAGAUGUUUGCCUAAUUCAAUUGGCAAUUUAAAAAACCUAAGGUACUUGAACUUGUCUCUUACCGCUGUUAAACAGUUACCUGAGACGAUAUGCAAUUUGCCUGAUUUGCGUACAUUGUCAUUGUCAUAUUGUCGUAGCCUUAGUCGCUUACCAAACAGUAUGGCAAGACUGACCAACUUGCGCCACAUCGACAUUGAGGGGACUUAUUUAGAGGAGAUGCCACCUCAAAUGUCUGCGUUGAAAUUUCUUGAAAAACUAAGUUAUUUUAUCGUAGGCAAAGAUAGUGGAUCGAGUAUUGAAGAGUUAGAAAAGCUUUCAAAUUUGCGUGGUAGUCUUGGCAUCAGAAGGCUAGAGAAUAUUGUAAACGUUGAGGAUGUUUCAGUGGCAAAUGCAUUAAUGGAUAAGAAGUACCUUACCAGACUGAGUUUGGAGUGGGACAAUGAUGUUGACGAUUCACGUGAAGCAAAAAAGCUAUUAGAAAGACUUGAACCUCCAAUAAAUGUGGAAGAGUUGGCAAUUGCAAAUUAUGGAGGUACAAGCUUUCCCGACUGGGUAGGACGUGAUUUGUUCUGUCGUUUGGGAAAAAUGGAGCUAAAGAAUUGUCAAAAUUGUUAUUUGUUGCCACCACUUGGACAACGUCCCUCUCGCAAACAGCUGUGUGUGGAAGGGUUUGAUAUGGUGGAGAGAAUAGGGCAUGAAUUUUACUGUGGUGGUUCUUCUUCUAAUUCAAUGACUAGGCCAUUUAAGUCGUUAGAAUUCUUAAAAUUUUCAGAUAUGUCAAGUUGGGAAGAGUGGUUGCUGAUGGAAGGUGAGCAAGAAGAUGGGGAUUUCCCUAAACUUAGACGGCUUGUAUUACAAAAUUGUCCGAAGCUAAGUGCAGCCUACUUGCCUGAUUAUCUUCCAUCCUUAAAUACUCUUAGAAUCUCGGGAUGCAAAAAGCUGCUGGCUUCACUCCAAGGUGAUCAACUUCCAACGCUCGAGGUGUUGGAAUUAUCUUGCUGUCCAGAAGUGGAGUCAUUUCCAGAAGGGAGAUUGCCCUCCACUAUCCAUACAAUCCGCAUUUCCAGAAGGGAUGGCCUUCGAAUUUAAAAUCACUUUCAAUUGGGUGCUGCGAUAAGCUAUUUAAUAUCAACAUGCAGUGGAAUCUGGGGAUGCUCACCUCUCUUACAUCUUUAAGAAUCGGCUUUCUAAAUGUAGCGCUGGAUUCAUUCUUGGAGGAAGGGCAACUUCCCAUCACCCUCACUUUUCUCACUCUAAUUCAUAUUCCCAAUCUUAGAUCCCUACAUAGCAAGGCCUUUCGAAGUCUAACCUCCCUCAAAAAAUUGAAAAUUUCCAUGUGCACUAAGCUCCAGUGCGUGCCAGAAGAAGGUCUGCCUGCUUCUCUUGAACUGUUGUCGAUCGAGAGUUGUCCUUUGGUAGCUCAACGCUGCCAGAGAGAGAUAGGGGAAGAUUGGCCCAAGAUCGCUCACAUCCCUCGUAUACGGAUAGUUGACGAAAUUAUAUUUGAUGAUAUGUUUUAAUCAUACAAAGAUGUCCAUCUUCUCCAAAAUUGUUCAGAGACAGGGCUACAUUGACGCUUGAGAAUUUCUUCCUGCAAUCUGUUGCUGUGCUUUUCCGAAGCACUUCUUUCCGCAUCUUUUGCUGAUCUGACUGUCCAUUUACAACAUGUCCCAUUUACAACAUGGCAAGAAAUUGAGGUGCCUCACAUUUUCUGAUAAAGGAAAUGAAGGAUCAAUAUUGACUUAGAAGAUUCUAGAAUUAACUAGUAUAUUUGAUAUACUUGGUUGGAAGUUGAGCAUUGGAAUUUGUGAAAAAAAUAUCUAAAAUUGGGGAUGAGAGCAAGGACAUAGUGGAGAAGUCUAGAAGCUUUGAGAACGCCAAAGCAACCGACUUUGUCAAGUAUAAAAGGAAGCUUUGGCUUCCUUGCUUGGUGAGCUACACAAGUGAGCUCCAAGGAGGCUCUCGGUUGGUGUGAAUGAAAGAGCUACUCAAUUGAGUAGAGUAAGCUCUUAGAAAGAGAGAGCUUUCAUGUGUCAAUAAAUGUUAAGAGUUGUGUUUAUGUGUUGAGUCUUAAUUAUGUGUGAGGGUCCUGCUGCAUGUGUAUGAGUAUUUUAUAUUAUAUCAAUGUAUUUGCUUGUAUAAAUUAUUAGUAUAGUAGAAUUAAUUUAUUUUCUCCCCCAACAAUUUGGUAUCAGAGCGGGGUAAGAUUCAAUAGGAUAAUAGUUUAAUGGGUUUGGUAAGUUUUGGUGUCUUGCUUGGUAUAAAAGAGUGGUAUGUAAGAGUUUGUUAGGGAUCAAGGCAUGAGCAUUGGUGACCACAAUAUUGGAGGAAACGGUCAAAGACCGUAUGGUGAACGGUUAGAGACCACAAGUGCUAGAGGAUGGUCAAGGACCAUAAAGUUGUGAGGCAAUCAGGGAUCGCGGUGAUGCAUGGAGGCAGUCUAGGACUGCAGUGGCAAGAGGUGGUCAAGAAUCGUUGUUGGUGGAGCUUCGUAUGAUCGUGCACAAUCUGGGAUUGUGGAGCUUGCUGUUUGGGACCAAGCUUGU